AUGCGAUCCUACCCUCUAGCCUACUCAAAUUUGGCGUCCCAAUCUGUUUCCGGGUCUCCUCACGUCGUUUCUGAUGCCGGAGUGGGCCAAGCACGCAAACCGCCCCUUUCCCAUUCUUCGGCCAGUCGACUGGCGAAAAGACAUGACUCUUCUAUGCUUGUGCAAAACUCAAAUGGCUUGUCCUAUGAACCAUUCACGCCAGCCUCUGUCAACUCAGAGACGAUGUCUUCCACGUUUGCUGCCUCGGCCAGUUUCAUCACAGCGUCUGCCGUCUCUGGUGCGACUGGACUCAGUCGAGCCUCCAUUUCCUCCACUGUCCCGGCGCAGACUGCUCAAAUCAGCCGUCUGCCGCUCAGCACCAGAAUUGUGGCCAGUCGUACGAUCAUGACUCCCACCAACCCGGUCACUGAGUCUCUCACUCAUGCGGUAGACGAGGCCGCUUCUUCUGUGACCUUUAGAGGCAGCAAGCUGCAGCAGAGACCUCAAACUCCGCCAAAAGACUACCCGAAGGUAAGUGUUUUUUUACAUUUUUGCAUUUUAAAUAUGAAACUCGAGAGAUGCUGUUUUUCGAAGAGUUCUAUCCGAGCCCGGAGAACGGCAAGGCCUUCCGACGAAUACAUGUACCACGUCGACGGUGGUGCGCCGGAAGUUAUCAUGCCUUCUCUGACAUACAACCACGGAUAA